AUGGAUCAGGAGGAGAAGCUCAUCCAAGAAUGUUUGCAGCAUUUGGCCACCAAGAAGCAGCAGCAUGCUGACAACAUAACUGAGAUAGAAGAUGCUGGGGAGAAGCUCAAGGCUCAUGCAGAGUCAAGUAAAGCCUGGCUGACAGAGAAAUUCGCUGAGCUCAGAUUACUACUUGAUGAAGAGCAAGUGCAAGCCAAAGAGUUCAUUGAUGAGAGCAAGGAGCUGGCUCUCCAGGCAUACCAGGAGCAGGUGGGGUCUCUCAGGAAACAAAUCGAAGUUCUGGAUGAUCUCCACAUCCGGGUCUGGAGUAUCAGCCAGGAGCCCAACCCUGUCCAGCUGCUGCAGGUGUACAUGGCCACCAAGCCGGAGAUGCAAAGACAGAGGGGCCUUGCAGAGCUGAGCCACCCUGUGCCCUACUCCUUUGAGCCAGUCAAAAGCUUCUUCAAGGACCUUGUGGGAGCCAUGCAGAGGACCCUACAGAAGCCACUGGACAUUCGUCUGAAGAAAAACAUAAACAGCCAGCUCUCCAGCUCCUCCAGCACCAAGCCAGGCACCUUGUUGAAAAUCAGCCCUUCACCAGAGAGAUCGCUCUUCUUAAAAUACGCGCGCACGCCCACGCUGGACCCGGACACGAUGCACGCACGCCUGCGCCUCUCGGCCGACGGGCUGGUGGUGCGCAGCGGCCUCCUGGGCCGCCUGGGGCCGGCGCCCGCCACGCGCUUCGAUGAACUCUGGCAGGUGCUGAGUCGCGACUGCUUCGCCGCCGGCCGCCACUACUGGGAGGUGGACGUGCAGGAGGCCGGCCUGGGCUGGUGGGUGGGCGCGGCCUACCCGUCCCUGCGGCGCCGCGGGGCCUCGGCCGCCGCCCGCCUGGGCUGCAACCGCCAGUCGUGGUGCCUCAAGCGCUACGACCUGGAGUACUGGGCCUUCCACGAUGGCCAGCGCAGCCGCCUGCGGCCCCGCGACGACCCCGACCGGAUCGGCGUCUUCCUGGACUACGAGGCCGGCAUCCUGGCCUUCUACGACGUGACGGGCGGCAUGAGCCACCUGCACACCUUCCACGCCGCCUUCCAGGAGCCGAUCCACCCGGCCCUGCGGCUCUGGGAGGGGGCCCUCCGCGUCCCCCGGCUCCCCUAG